UGCGAACACCCCAUUUGCGGUUGCCGUAUCCACGGAACGAGCGUCUUGCUGAAACGGAGCUCUAAAUGUUUGGCAGAAUCUCUGUUUCAGAUCAGCCAGUGAACUCGGAAGAGUUUUCGUCUUUGUAAACACCUGCUCAAACUUCACGAAAUAUUUGGAAUAUAAGUAGCUGUCACUUCGAUCUAACAAUAGAUCCAGAUCUUUUUCAAGUAGGAGUGAGAGCUAGAGACCUGCAGCACCCAUCGGUACACUGCCAACGUUCAUCGCCUAAUCAUUCCGCUGUGCUCAUGCUGAGCUACCCUUGAUCGACUGUUCAACACUCACACUGCACUGUAGCUGUCACACCUCAGCCGCACAAGUGCGAAGUCAGCUUCCUCGAUCGAAAACUAAUUAGAGAAUGAGAUCUUGAGAAAAACAGCAAAUUUAAAUUAUGUCAGCACCCAAGAAGCCUGAUCCGCCGGUAGUGGGUAAAGUAACCCAUCACAGUAUUGAGUUAGACUGGGAUGAGGCGGCCAAGCAGGAUACCGUGUCUAAAGGAGACGGAAGACUUCGCUACAUCAUGCAGGAAUCAGACCUCAUGCAGGGAUGGGGAAAUGUUUACACUGGAUAUGGAACCAAUCACAUAUUUGAUGGCUUAGAUCCUUCUUCACAAUACAAGUAUCGCUUGAAAGUGAUGAAUAACAUUGGAAAUAGUGAAUUCAGCCAAGCUGUUACAGUUACAACAAGAAAGGAACCCCAGACUGGUGAGCAGCUCCACAAGGCAAUCAUCCUCACACAGGAUAUACAGAAGGUCCAGGAGAUCUUAGAGUCCGGUGAUGUGUGGAUCGAUGUCCCAGACAAGUUUGGUUAUACCCCACUCAUGUCUGCUGCCCAGAAAGGUGUUGUAGAAAUGGUUGACUUAUUGAUGGAGCACGGAGCAGACGUCAACAUGCAGAACGGAAGCGGGAAGGAUGCUCUCAUGCUAUCAUGCUUCGCUGGUCAUCUAGACGUCGUCCGACGGCUACUCUCGCAUGGUGCAUCAUGGGAGAAGAAAGAUCUAGGAGGAUCGACGGCCCUUCAUUGGGCGGUGGAUGGAGGACUUAAAGAGAUUGUACAAUGGGCUGUUAUGGACGGGUGUAAGGUUGAUGAGACCGAUGCUAGCUCAGGCUGGACGCCACUGAUGCGGUGUGCUGCUAUGGGGGGCAAUCAUGAGAUAGGAGAGAUACUACUACUUGCCGGAGCUAAUGUGAAUAUGAAAGACAAGGACCACAAAACACCACUCAUGAUUGCAGCACUGAAUGGACAUCAGAAGUUAGUACAGAUAAUGGUAGAGCAGGGAGCUGAUCCGAUGGUGAAGACUGAGCAUGGCAUGUCAGCUUAUGAGAUGGCUAAGUCAUUUGAUAGAAAGAGAGUGAUGAAGUACUUUGAAGAGGUUGUACAGAAUACUAAAUCAAAGAAAGGACAAGAAUACUGACACAAGAUUGUAACAAGUAUAGUCAAACUCUAGCAUCUUUGGUCAAAUUUUAAAGUAAAAUUAUUUAUCUUUCUAAUUCCAUUAUCUGAGCUACGAAAGCAUUUAUCCAUUAAAGCUGGUGUGAUGUAAAAAAGGAGAAUAUGAUGUGUAAAUGGAUCAUUUGAUCCUGUGUGUGUGCUAUGUUCCUCUUCUGGUACAGGUAAAGAAUUGACAAAAGAGUCUAGCAAAAGGUUCAUCUAUGUAUGUAGUACCAAGGAAUAGAGAGAGAUGUGAAGGGACGGGAGAGCCGGAUUAAUAAAGAAGAAAAGGAAAAUAAGGAUGUGGCUUAGUUCAAAGAGUUUCAAAAUGUUUUAAGGCAUAGCAUAUUAAUUACCGGUAUAUUCUUUGAAGAUUGACUUCAUUUUGUUAUUAAUGAUAAAUCAAUCAUUUGUUUUGUUUAGUAUAUGAAAGAGAAUGCUUUUUUGUUACUCAAUUCAACUGAAAUAGCUCAUAUGAUUCAUAAAAGUUAAACUGUAAUGGUAGAGCUUUGGUUUGAUUUGUGGUGAAAAUGGCAUUGAUUUGGCCAAAGAUGUUGAUGAACUUGAUAUUUCUUGAUCUGAAUCUGUGAAAUAAAAGAGUUAAAAAUGUAUGCUUUGUACACUUCUGACUAGAGACUUUAUUAUUAGUCUUGAUAAAUAAAAAUAGAAUUUACAGAAACAUUAAUUCCAUAGUAAUUCUUGAAAUACAUAUUCAGUAAAUAUACUUGAUCGUUUACAUAAUAAUGUUUAUCACCAUAUAUUUCCCUAUAUUUUCCUUACUACAUUAUAUGUAAAUGUAUCUUCAUGUAUUUUUCUGUUCCAAUAUUCCAUUGUUGAAAUUAAAUCUUCUAUGCAUUAUAUAACGUAGUGGAAAUCUUACUGAUUGCUGCAAUUCAAGUUCAAAUUUAAUGGAAAAA